CCCGAGGCCGGAUUCUCACUCACCUUUCCCAGAAUGAAGUGGGGAAUCGUUUUUAAACUCUAAUCGGAGCUGAUGUCCAUCCUUAAUAAUUACAUUCCUACAAACUUGGUAAUAAUAGUAUUAAGGAUAACUGUUACCUAGAAUUUUCGAACGCAAAUUACUUUGUCGCAGCACGCCAAUGCUGGCAGCACAGAGAUGGGCAUGACUAGACGUCUGGGCUCAGUUCGGGAUGGUCAGGGCUAGAAAGCUGCAAGUUUAGCUUUUGACCUAAACCAUUUAUAACUAUGGACUUGCCAGAUGAGAGCCAGUGGGAUGAAACCACCUGUGAUUUGGCUGUUUGUCAGCAUCCACAAUGCUGGGCAACUAUCCGCCGGAUUGAGAGGGGCCACCCUCGAAUCUUGGGCCCACCCUGCAAAACUCCUCUGGAUGUUGACGACAAACUCCCAGUGGUCACCAUUGUAAACAUCCCAGGUCCCUGCUCCCAGGCCAAGAGACGUCCUCGUCGUCGUAUACCAGGACUUACCUUCACUAAGCCUCACUCUUUAUUGUCUCAGGGUUCAAAGUUUGACUCCAAAUUUCAAGGCAGGUCUCAGAAGAAUUUACCUGGCAAAGAUUUGAUCAACUGUACUAAGAAACCUUUCAAACUUCCAGUGCUAAAUUUGAAUGAGACACAACUUCCUUGCCGUCAAGAUGUUAGAAAUAUGGUUGUAGUCUGGAUCCCAAAAGAACCAGAAGACCAUGUGGGUCCAGCUGAGAAGCAUAUUGUUCCCAGCCGGGAAGGGAGGAAGAAAAGAAAGACACCUACAGUGAAAGACAAGUCAUCUCUGGUUCUCUCUGGAAAGCAGGACAUAGAAGCACAGUUGGGAACUCCAGAGAUAAUUGUGCCUCCUCCAUCCCCAGUAUACUUGUUUGAGCAACGAAGUUCAGAAUUCCUACCUUUCUGGAACCAAUCUGACACAUUACCUCUGGAUCUCCUAAAUGAUCUUUUGUCAGAUGAAGAGAUAACCACGCCUUGUCCAGAGAUGAAGACACAACUGGCCAUGAUGAAAAAGAAACCUCCUCUGGAAAAGAGCCAACCCGACAGUGCCAUUUCUGCGAACAUGUUUUUGUCUGUCCACCGCCUCACCCUGCAGAGACCAGCAUUGAGAUAUCCUGAACAUCUGAAGAAAUUAUGUUAUAACCUGAAGAUAGAAAGUCAUAGGAAGCAGCAGCAGCAGCAGCAGAGGACAUUGAAGACACCUACUAAGAAACAGGAUUCCACAGAGAGAUCACAGAUGGACUAUGCUGAGAACUAUGUGGAUUCCUUCCCCAGUAAGCAACAUCCUAAGUUAUCCAAGACAGAAUCCACUAACGAGGACAUCAGUACUCAGAUAGAAGUUGUGUCAGAAGCGCAAGAGAGGACAUCAAAGGACCUUUCAGCCAAUACAUCUAGAAUAAGUUGGAACACUGUGCUCAAACUACUGAGGAUUCUUCAGUCCACUGAUUAUGAAGAUGUGGAGAGCCAGCUCUCUGGGAUGCAGGGAGAAAAGUCUCCGGAGGCAUAGGUAGACAUCAUCACUGGGCAGCUUUAUUCCAUAGCAGGAUGCUUAGAAAUCUGAGGACAGCGACCUUGGACAUAAAGGCCAAAAGGAGAGGGGACUUCUCCCUAGGGCCUUUACCAGGGCCUGAGCUUAGGGAUUCUGUUUUCUUUACUCACCUCUA